GUUGAGUCUCCCUUGGGCCGUCCUGUGGCAGAUGCAAUGCGUGGCUACAGCGCGUCGCGGAUGGCCGAUAGCGCCGAGGGUCGGUAGCCGCAAUGCGCCUGGCCACGCUGACAUUGUUGUCGGCCGUCGCCUCGCGUGGCUGCUCGGCCGCCAGCGUGCUGGAGCUGCUGCAGCUGCCAGAGGUCUCUUUUCACGAGCUUGCCGCGGGCGGGCCUGCCGCAGCCAGCGUUUCCCGCCACGCGCUGUCCACGCUGGGGGCGCUGGCCGUGGUGGGCGUGCCCGCGCAGGACACGGCGGGCCGCGCGGCGCCCCUGCAAGAGGCUUGCAGCGAGGCCCUCGGCGCCUGGGCCAGCUGCCUGCGGCGGGGCGGUAGCGCCGCGGCCGCGCACGCGAGCCAGCUGGCGAACGGCGCGGUGCGGCGGGCGUCCGUGGUCGCCGGAGGGCGCUGGGACCGCACAGAUGACGCCGCCUCGGCGUUCGGCGGCGGCUGCCCACCCGCCGAGCGAGCCACGUCGGCGAUGCGCUCUGGCGUUGGCGCCGCCGCGCGGGCCCUGGCGGUCGCGGUGGACUCGGCCUCCGCUGCGGCGCACGCAGAACUGGGCGCGGGGGCGCAGCUGAGGUCGGGCUCCGGACGCGGCGAUCUGACGCUUGCGAAGGCCCUGGACCUGGGCUCGCACCUCGAGCACAUCCGCCUGUACGAGGAGCAGCCGCCAGCUCGCAGCCUGAAGCAGGCCGCGGCGGACGCCGACGCCGACGAGGAGGCCAUCGAAACGCUGAGCCUCCACACGGACGCGGGUCUGAUGCUGGCCUUCGUGCCGCCGCCGACGCAGGCAGGAGGGGACAGAGCCUCGCUGGUGGAACUGCAGCUGCCCAGCGGCGAGAUCCGCGAGAUCGCCCUGCCCAGCCAGGGCGACGCGGUGAUCUUCCUGGCGGGCGAGGCGGCGCACCUGCUGGGGCGCCAGGCUCUCGCUGACGACGGGUCCGCCCCUGGCCUGCGGCCGGCGCCGCAUGCGCUGCGGCUUCGGCCCGGAUUUGGUUGGCGCGCGUGGUACGGCGCGAUGCUGCUGCCGCCAGAGGACGCCCCAGUCCGAGGGGACGUCGGGGGCGCGGGGGGUGGGGCCUUGACGUUCGGCGAGGUGUGGGGCGCCGCGAGGGCGGCCGUGGGCAGGCGGUCGUUGGCGGAGGUCCCCGCCCUCGGCUGCGGCGAGGGCCGGCUGCUGGCGGACCAGGUGGGAGGCUGCGUGGAGGGCCAAGUCGAGUGCUGGAUGACGUGCAUGGACGUCUCGAAGCUGCAAGACUGCAAGGGCGGGGAGUGGAGACCCACUGGCGUGGGCGACCUGGCCGAGUUCGUGAACCUGAGCAUACAGUGCGUCGAUGCCGACACUGGCGCGAAGUGGCCGGACCAAACUGGCCAGAUGUGCCCGACGUGCCAGCCGAUGUGCACGCUGUCCAGCUCGCAGCCAGCGCCAGGGCCGGCACCAGGGGGAGACGGCGGGUUCUGCAGGACUACGUACUUGGGGACUGGCGUGACCAUGUACAUGGACGGCUUCAAGAUGACCUCCGCGUCGCCAGAUGAGGCGUGCGUCAAUUUCCUCCUGCCGAGCCUUGUCAUCGACAGCCCUUUGAAGCUGGUCAUCUCCUCCAUCGGUGUGGUGCUGCUGAGCGCCUCCGUCGAGCUCUGCACCCUGGGCCGGCAGUUCCUUCCCAAGGACCGGCAGGGGGACGUCGGCCUCCUCUUCCACGCGGUCAGCCUGGUGCUCGCCUACCUGGCGAUGCUCUUCGUCAUGACCUACUCGAUCGAGAUCUUCUCCGCAGUCAUCGUCGGCCUGGCCCUGGGGCACAAGGUGGCGGGGGCGGUGGCGCGCUCGAGGGCGUGGGACCUGGGCGGCGGCUCCCCGUGCUGCCGGCUCGCGACCGAGGCUGCCGUCAGCGCCAGGUCGAGCCGGCGCCCGGCGUCGUCCGCCGCGGCCGCGGGCGCCGAGUCGACGUCAUCCAAGGAGGACCUGGCCACGGUGCGCCUCUCCGUCAAGGGCAUGAAGUGCGACCCCUGCGCUCAGACCGUGCGCCGGGCGCUCGAGGGCGUGGAGGGCGUGCGCCGAGCCAAGGUCAGCCUGCAGGGCGCGUCGGCGGACGUCCUCUGCGUGCCGUCCGACACGACCAUCGAGAUGCUGUGCGAGGCGUGCUCGGGCGUGGGCUUCGAUGCCCGCGGGGCGGACGGGCUGUGAGCCGCCGCGCGGACGCCGCGCUUGCUCUUCUGCUCGCCGCUGGGGAGGGCGCUGCCGCCUGCUGCCGAGCCCAUCCGCCUUCACCGCCACACCCCUGUGCGUCCCCAGUCCCUCUCUGCGUUCAGCGUGGUGUAUAAUUGAGUGCGGGCAAGUCGCCAGAUUCUGUGUAUGCGCACACCUGCAUGCUCCAUCGAAGCGGAGUUCCAGCAUGCGUCCACGGCCUUCUGAAUAUACUUGACCCUGUCGGUUUAAUUUCGCUCUGCUGGUGGCCACAGGUAGGGGAAAGUUUGAGGGCGGGUUGGACUUCAUGUUUUACUUCAGCGCCGUGGUGUUACCAGCCGCCCGAGUCUGUACCCUCUUCCUCUGGUGCCGAUCGCCUAAACCCGCCGUAGCGCUCUGUGGCAGCGGCCACCUGAUGCCUCGUCCUGGCGCAUGCACUGGCCGCACUGCCAAUGUGCCUGAUUUCUGAAACUUGCUCAUGCCUGCGAACAAACACCGGACGCGCUGGCGUCCCUGCCAGCGGGG